CUUUCUCAAUCGAUAACCCCAACGCAGCUGCCAUGCAGUUUCCUUUCACGCGGAACUCUGACGCAAAACACAAAUCUUUCCUCGGCAGUCAGCGAGUCUUUCUCAUACGUAACUUCUUUGCAAUUCUUCUGCUAUACUCAAUUCUUUCCCAAAACCGCAAGUCUCUUUAAAAGGAAAAAAAAAAAAAAUAAAUAAAUAAAUUACCUUUACGUUUCUAUCUUUUCCACUUUAGUUCCAGUCUCGUCUAUAUAAAACCCUUUAAAUGUUCUUAGGUUUAACAACCUUUGGCCUUCCACUUCCACCACCUCCUCUCCGAUCAUGUCAACUGUUAUCGUCUCCAAACCAUCAUCACCAUCUAAAUGGUUCUCCAACAAGAGCUUCAAGUUAAGCCUCCCUCGCCUUCGUUCUUCCAAGUCAAAUGUGUCCAGCCCUCGUGCAUCUCAGACUGAUCAGCUUAUUACCACUCCAAAAACACCCAAAAAUCGAUCAAGAAAAGACCAACUCCGAGAAGUAUUUCGUUAUUUCGACAGUGAUGGUGAUGGGAAAAUCUCAGGUUACGAACUCAGAUCCUACUUUGCAUCCAUUGGGGAGUACAUGUCCCACGAGCAGGCUCAGAGUGUGAUCAAUGAUCUAGACUCAGAUGCUGACAAUUUGAUGGACUUUGAAGAUUUUGUGAAGUUGAUGGAACGUGAUCAUCAAGGUGGAGAUGAUGUUGAUGAAGAUCUCAGAAGAGCUUUUGAGAUGUUUGAAGUGGAGAAAGGGUCUGGUUGCAUUACUCCCAAGGGGUUGCAGACGAUGUUCAGUCGUCUUGGGGACGAAAGAUCCUAUGAAGAGUGUGAAGUCAUGAUUAAGAAAUUUGACCUUGAUGGCAAUGGUGUGCUUGAUUUCCAUGAAUUUAACCAGAUGAUGGCUUAAUCUUCAUAAUAAUCUUUCCGUCUUUGGAUCCCUCGUUGUGGGGUGUGUGUUGGUUUCUUUUGUUAAGCCUUUUAAGGAGGUGGAAGUUAGGUAGUAGUUCCGUGAAACAUGUGGUGGCUUGUAAUGAACAAAAGGUUGUCACGUGUUGUGUUUUAUUUUUGGUAAGGCAUGUGUUGUGUUCAAAGCAUUGAAAAAGGCUAGGCAUACUGUCGGUAUGCUUAGAUAUGUGUUUGUUUAUCUUCUCCUCACUUUGGAAAAGUCCCCUAUGCCUCUCCCAUUGCGAUCUUCCUUUUGGUUGAGCUGCUAGCUCAAGGAAAACAAGCGGCAUACUUAACUUCAUAUAAUCUAUUACAAGUUGUGUGUGUGUGUUUUUUUUUUUUUUUGGUGGGUGCAUGGUAACGUUGUGUUAAUUAUGUAAAUUUAACUAUUUUUAUCAAUUUUAAUGCAUAUAUAUUACUAGCGAGAAAGUUUUCUUGUACAUAAAGGGUGAAUUCUUCACCCACAAAACUAUAGUCAUAAUUACAUGUUCUUUCUAUA